ACAACUUCACGUGAAACAUUGAUUUAGCAGUGGCCCGGAUUUCUUCAAGAUUACCCUUCUUAUUUCAAACUACAGCUGGUUGUGCCCAUACUAUGAGCGACUCCUUACGGAAGCCCAGGAGGCCAGUCAAAGGCUUUCAUUUCGGGUUAUUCGGAAAGAAUUUGUUUUCGAGCGUGCGUAGCCUACGUAGCGGCUCAAGGGAGGGGAGUACACAGGCUAAGCGUGCGAAGGUUCAUGAGGGCAGGAAAAGAUUUGAAAAGAAAACCUUUUCAAAUAACCCUAAUAAAGAGCCGGCUAGCAGGCUCUUUUUUAACCUUUGACCCAACCCUUGACCAAUCACCUUUCGUGGUCGCCGAAUUGAUACUCCGCCUUAUUACAGACCGGUUCAAAACCUGUUUUCCGGGUCGUUUCAGAUUGAAAUGCAAACAUCCAGAAGGCCGUGUGGUAAACAUAUUUUUUUUAUCCCUCGAGCAGUGACGAGCAUACAGUACGCAAGCCAUCGAAUACUGUCUUCCCCGCUAACAUGCGAUCGCUAUUUCGGCGACGAUAUUUUAGGCAUUGGUCGAUAAGAAAAUCCAUGAGAUGUUUUAGUUCUAGUAGUCGUAAUGUCUCCAAGGAAUUUGAUGUUGUUAUCGUCGGUGGUGGUGUGAUGGGAUCGUCUUCUGCGUUCCAUAUCGCCAGUCGGGACCCAACCAAGAGAGUGUGCGUCAUCGAAAGGGAUCCAGGGUACUCAAAGUGCUCGUCAACACUCUCAGUUGGUGGCAUCAGACAGCAGUUUUCUAUGGCAGAGAACAUUCAACUCUCUCAAUAUAGCUACAAAUUCUUUACUGAAGUCUCCAAGCAUCUUACUGUAGACCCGGCAGACCCAGCAGAUAUCCAUCUCAGAAGGGGAGCCUAUGUAAUGCUGGCAAGUAAAGAGGGAGUAAGCACCCUUAUGGAAAACUAUAAACUUCAAAGGGAUCUUGGCUGUCACAUAAAACUACUAGACAAUCAUGGACUCCAUAAACGCUACCCAUGGAUGAAUACAGAUGAUAUUAAAUUGGGAUCUGUAGGAUUUGACUGCGAGGGCUGUUUUGAUCCAUGGGCCCUUUUGUCUUCGUUCAAGAAGAAAUCCAUCUCCCUCGGUGUCCAGUACAUCCAUGCUGAAGCUACAGGAAUGAUGGUGUCUGACGAUAAGAUUGCUGGAAUACAGAUUGCUCCAUCAUCCCAACCAGAUGCUCGUUAUACGUUGAGGUGCGACACAGUGGUCAACUGUGCUGGUCCCUGGGCCGGACGCAUUGCCAGGCAGGCCGGGAUAGACCUUCCAGUGGAACCGCGUAAACGUUACGUAUUCGUCUUUAAGUGCCCCGAUCAGCCUAUCAGAGAAAACACGCUCUUUGUGGACAGGACAGGGGUUUAUUUCCGACCGGAGCCACAAGGUUAUAUCUGUGGUUUAUCACCAAACGAGGAUGAAGAGCCUGACGUGGCAGAUCUGGAGGUCGACUAUGACUUUUUCACGGAGAAAAUCUGGCCGGUGUUAGCUCACAGAGUACCCGCUUUUGAAUGUAUCAAGAUUCAAGGGGCCUGGGCCGGUUACUAUGACUACAACGUCUUGGACCAAAACGCUGUAAUUGGGCGUCACCCAAAACUCUCGAACAUGAUCUUCGCAACAGGGUUCAGUGGACAUGGAAUUCAGCAAUCGCCAGCAGUCGGCAGAGCCGUCAGCGAGCUAAUCCUUGACCAGGAAUUUACCACAAUUGACCUCAGGAAUAUGGGAUACGAGAGAGUUAUCAAUAAUGCACCCAUAAGGGAGAAAAAUAUUGUGUGACGUGUAUGACACAGUCUUUUGGACCAGGAAUUUACCACAAACGAUCUCAGGAAUAUGGAAUACGAGAGAGUUAUCAAUAAUGCACCCAUAAGGGAGAAAAAUAUUGUGUGACGUGUAUGACACAGUCUUUUGGACCAGGAAUUUACCACAAACGAUCUCAGGAAUAUGGGAUACGAGAGAGUUAAAGAUAAUGCACCCAUAAGGGAGAAAAAUAUUGUGUGACGUGUAUGACGCAUUCUUCUGGACCAGGAAUUUACCACAAACGAUCUCAACGAGAGAGUUAAAGAUAAUGCACCCAUGAGGGGGAAUCAUAUUGUGUGACGUGUAUGACACAUUACGCUCUGGACCUUAGGACUUUUUUAUGCUUCUGUUUCGUCUAGAGAGAAGGAAUGAAAAAUAGCUUUUAGCAUCACACAUGAGUCUCUUUUAAAUCCUCGUGAUUAUCAGCUUGAUGUAUUGUCAAUAAGUUUUUUUUUACCCUGAGUUACCUUCGGAAGGUCCGAUGCGCAAAGAAGAUGCGCAGGUAGGGACGUAUAUCUUGUAAUAGUCGGCCGAGGCAAUAGCGACCUUAAUAAUCACAAGAUAACGUUCUUGUAAAAAAGCGCUUGAACGACCUACGCGAUACACGGUUUCAUAGGCUCGCCAUAAGGCAAACAAGGUGUUAAACUAAGAACCGAAUUAAAUUUAAAAUUAAGUUAAUUUUGCUCGCUUAGCGCAAGUCUCCUUUUCGGACCAACCACCUUUCUUUGGUUGCCCCGAUUCUAGAAGUCAACGAAGAACGAAAGUGAGAACUAAAUUUUUGGAAAUGUUAACAAACAAUUGAAGGAUGAAAGACUAUGGGUUACAAUCCUUACAGAAAAUAACGGCAAACGAGCGUGUCAAUUUA